AUGCAGCCUCAGCGCAAGUAUCGGGUGACAGCAUCAGUGGAGGGCAAAUUUUCGUUCUGCAGCGAUCUGGCUCGCACCAAUGGUGUGGGCGGCAGUGCUUCCACCCGCAUGGACUAUGCAGCAGCAGCAGUCGCCAUGCGCACUGCCACCACUGUCCGACUGGGAAGUCGCAAGGGAAGUCUCACAUACGUGGUGACUUUUGAGUCGACUCAAAAGGUGGUGCUUGUCGAAGUAUAG